AUGGCAGCUCCCACAUCAGGCUCAUCGGCCGCCGCCAAGCCGUUCGACAUUGUCGCGACAUACAAUGACUUGCUCCGCUCCGAUCCAGACCUCACUAUGCCAAUUGCAGCUAUCGAAGCUCUGGUACUACUCCUUACAAACUCUCCCUCCUCGACGAUAUCCGAGACGCUCGACCUUCUCGAGAAAUCCACUGCACACCUGAAACAGUCGAUCCCGAACCCCAUUGGUCUCUCUGCUGGAACCGACCUCUUCCAGCGAUACCUGAUUACUACCCUGCAGAGACCCGGACAGCUCGGGCCCGCAGGUGAUUUCAACGCGAUCAGGGCGCAUCUUCUGUCGAACGGACGGUUGUUUAUCAGACGUGCGAAAGAGAGUCGGGACAAGAUCGCGGCGUUUGGACGAGGCUUUGUACGCGAUGGAAGCACGGUUCUGACGAAUGGAGGAUCACGAGUUGUCGCUUCGUUGCUACAGAAGGCCGCGGACGAGAAGGGCGGCCCGUCAGCCGUGCGGUUCAAGGUGAUCUAUGUCCUGUCAUCGGCGAAGGGGACUGGCGCGCAUCCCGAUGAGCCGGAGGGUAUGGAGACUGUGCGCGCUCUCCGGGCGAAGGGUGUUCCUGUCGCUACGAUCCCGGAGUCGGCUGUUGCCUACUCGAUGGGCAAGGCCGAUACUGUCAUCGUUGGUGCCGAGGGUGUGGUUGAAAACGGUGGUAUCGUGUCGCGCAUGGGAACCUACCAGAUCGGUCUUCUUGCGAAGGCUAUGGGCAAACCCUUUUACGUUGUGGCGGAGAGCCACAAGUUCGUCCGUAUCUACCCGCUCAGCCAGUAUGAUUUGCCUAUUGAGCAGCGCGUGAUCGAUUUCAAGACUGAAGAAGAUGUCGCCGACGAGGCGAAGCAACAGCAAGCUUUGUCUACGGAUACAGUCGAUGCCAAGGCCGUCAACACGGCGGACAGCGCUGAUGUAGUUGACUUCACUCCCCCCCAUCUGAUCUCUGCCUUGAUUACGGACAGCGGUGUUUUGACACCAAGUGCGGUCAGUGAGGAGCUGAUUAAGAUUUGGUUCUAA